AAAAAGAAAUAUCAAUUUGUUUUGCCUGUAACGUCCAACUCCUUCAUCUUCCUGCUCUGUCUAGCACUUGGAUCAGUCUCCAUACUUGCGGUCCCUGUCUUUACCCCCCUCGCAAAACGCGCUUUCAACCCUCGUCAGAAGUGGCAGAGUGAUGAAGUUAAUUGCAUCCGGAUCAUGAACCCAGCACCUGGUGCCACUUAUUACCCCGGCUUUUUCGUCCGCAUGACCUAUGGCACAGAACAAUGCAACGGUGCCGCUGUUGCAGGUCCAUGGACCAUUCAUCUUUAUAACAAUCCGAAUAUCGAGACCGGUGAAGUUCGAUAUGACUACCAUGAAGUCAUUGCCACUGAGGUCAGCGAAGACAAGAGGAACUAUAUCUGGAACAUCCCUCAAGACCAAUACCAGAAGGCCAGGAAUGUCAAGAACAAAAAUAACUACUACAUUCGCAUCGAAACCGAAUCUCAGAUGGGAGGCAAACUCGUCGGUAAUGCUGGGCCUUUUGCUAUUGAUGAAGAAUAGUCCUUUCCGCCGUGACGAUCCAUCAGAUGCCCAUUCGAAAGUGCUUGCAAGCUUCAAGCGAGAAAUUAGCUCCCACGCCAAAGUAGAAAUUGGUCGAUCCCCAAGCUGACCCAUAUGUCGGUAGAGACCUAGACAAAAGGAUCUGGCCCUCGUAUAUAACUUCCCAAAGAGAAUAUUGGUUUUCAGAGCAACUAUUAGUCUGGGUACCUGAGUAGUAUAAACUACACUUCAUAUUGACCACUGAAUGAGCCAGCAAAAACCUCAUGUCGCUACCGUGCUGAACACCCAUUUUAAA